UUUUAUUUGAAUCUUGGCGCCGGGGUGUGUUGUUUUCACUUUAGCUAUUGGCUGUACGUCAAUGACGAUCAUUAGGGCCAACGUUUAGGUUUAGGAAUGUCAGCAGUCGGUAUGUACAAUCUAAAGGGUGUGACAUUUGUCCUCAAUGGUACUACAUCUUGCUCGUUGUGACACGGCCUGUGCCGGUGACACAUCUCAGUCGUAGAUGUGUCAUUGUGUUUUAACAGUCUCAACAGUUUUGAGCAGUGGUUGACAUAUCAUAGAAGUGAGAGCUUCAUAGACCACUCAACUACUCCCAAUUAAACAAUUCCCAAUUUGAACAUUAUUUCAGGACUCUCGGAUCUUACUUUGCCAUGAAGAAUAUGACCGGUCCCCAAUUAAAGUGGGUCAAUCACAUGACGUCACUUUCGAGUACUUUGAUUGGCUGCAUUCUCAAAGGAGCCGACAUCAGAAGAACCACUUGCGUCAGUUUUAUCAGAUAAUUAAAGAUGGCUAACCGAAAAGCUAGCGAUGAAAGUCUGUUCCGUAUUCCCCCAUAUUACUAUCUCCAUGUACUGGACCAAAAUACCAAUGUUACAAGGCUCGAGAUUGGCCCAAAGACAUAUAUCCGACAGGAUAAUGAAAGGGUUGUAUUUGGGCCAGAGAAAAUGAUAGUGGUUCCUCCAAGACACUACACAGUCAUUGAGAACCCUAUCAGUAAAGACAAAGAUGGCAGGAUCGUUUUUGAUACAAGUGGACAGGCAAAGCUCCAGCAUGCCGAUCAAGAGAUUAGACUCGCCCAGGACCCAUUCCCGCUAUACCCUGGUGAAGUUCUGAAACAGGCUGUGUCCCCAUUGAAAGUUGUGAUCGCUAAUACGGCACUGCGAUUGCGCUCCAUCCUGGACUUUGAGGAUGAUGAAGGCAACAAACGAACUGCUGGUGAUGAAUGGUUAUUCGAGGGACCAGGGACAUAUAUUCCUCGUAAAGAGGUCAUGGUUGAAGAAACAAUUAGAGCUACUAUCGUUAAAUCUAACCAGGCUAUUAGACUACGGGCGAGAAAGGAAUGCGUAGACAGGUCAGGGGAAGACCGUGUAACUGGUGAGGAAUGGCUAUGGAAGAAAACAGGAGCCUACCUACCCGGAGCUUACGAGGAAGUAGUCGAUAUAAACGACGCAUAUGUACUCACAGAGAAGAAAGCAUUACACAUGAGAGCCAUCAAGACAUUCAAGGAUGACUUUGGCAUCGAGCGAAAGAAUGGAGAAGAGUGGCUGAUUAAGAUGUCUGACACAGAGACACACAUUCCAAAUGUGUAUGAAGAGGUGGUUGGAGUUGUGAAUAUUACUACUCUAAACAACAGGCAAUAUUGUGUCAUCUGCGAUCCAGUGGAUGACAAUGGUCGUCCACAACUAGGCAAAAAGAGAUUAGUCAAGGGUGAGAAAUCAUUCUUCCUCAUGCCAGGAGAAAGGCUAGAGAAAGGAAUACAAAACAUGUACAUUUUGGGAGAAGAUGAAGGCCUCAUUCUACGGGCUACAGAGGCAUUCACAGACAAGGAACAGGAAGAAACUGAUGAGCCAAAGAAGGUUGUUGGUAUCCCAGAAGAACCAAAUUAUCAUAAAGUUGACAGACAGCCAGGAGACAGAUGGAUGAUACGUGGCCCAAAGGAAUACGUACCAGUCGUCGAAGUAGAGGUUGUCACUAAACGUCAAACUAUCCCACUGGAUGAAAAUGAAGGAAUCUAUGUCAGAGACGUGAAAACUGGAAAGGUACGGGCAAUCACAGGUGAAACGUUCAUGUUGAACCAAGAUGAAGAAUUAUGGCCCAAGGAACUCCCUCCUGCAGUUGAGCAACUGUUGAUUUCUGGGAAAGACCCUCUUGCAGACCGCGGAGACAGAGCACCUGUUACUCAACAGAGGUACCAGGAAAAGUCAACGGCCUCAGUAACUGCAAGUGGAGUCCGUGACAAGACUAGAGUCGUGACGUUUAGAGUCCCCCACAAUGCAGCAGUGCAGGUCUACGAUUAUAAAGACAAAAAAGCAAGAGUUGUAUUUGGACCUGAGUUGGUUAUGUUGGGACCCGAUGAGCAGUUCACUCAGCUUUCUCUAUCUGGCGGCAAACCCAAGAAACCAAAUGUAAUCAAAUCUCUAUGUCUGCUACUGGGACCUGAUUUCUGCACAGAUAUCAUAGUUGUGGAAACAUCUGACCAUGCUAGACUAUCUCUUCAGCUGUCUUAUAACUGGCAUUUUGAGAUUAACGACAGAACCGACGCCAAAGAAGCCGCAAAGUUGUUCAGUGUCCCUGACUUUGUUGGUGAUGCUUGUAAGGCCAUUGCAUCCAGAGUGAGGGGAGCUGUGGCAUCAGUAGCAUUUGAUUUGUUCCAUAAGAACUCUGCUAAAAUCAUCAGAUCUUCAGUGUUCGGAUUUGACGAAAACCAGAAAGUGCGUAAUAAGUUUACAUUCCCCCAAAACCAGCUAAAUGUCACAAGUAUUGAUAUCCAAAGUGUCGAACCAGUGGACCAGCGAACUAGAGAUUCUCUUAUGAAGUCUGUACAGCUGGCUAUUGAAAUUACGACCAAUUCCCAAGAAGCUGCUGCCAGACACGAGGCUGAGCGACUUGAGCAAGAGGCCAAGGGUCGUCUAGAACGUCAAAAGAUCAGCGACGAGGCUGAAGCAGAAAAAGCCCGUAAGGAACUCCUACAACUCCAGGCUCACAGUGCUGCUGUUGAAAGUACUGGACAGGCCAAAGCAGAAGCUCAGUCCAGAGCUGAGGCUGCCAAGAUUGAGGGAGAGGCAGCUGUGGACCAGGCUAAGCUUAAGGCACAGGCCAUGAAGAUUGAAGCUGAAUCUGAAUUAGAGCGACUGACCAGGGCACGCGAAGCAGAGACUAAGUAUCUCUCAGAGCAGAACGACCUUGAGUUGACGAAAUCUCGUGAAGUUGCAGAAAUCGAGACUGGCAAGUUCAAGAAUAUGGUUAAUGCAAUUGGUUCUGAGACUAUUCGUGCUAUUGCUUGUGCUGGACCAGAAAUGCAGGUGAAACUUCUUGGAUCUCUGGGUCUAAAGUCAACACUGAUAACAGAUGGCACCACCCCUAUCAACCUGUUCAACACAGCAAAUGGACUCAUAGGUGGCGCUAUGAUGAAGCACCAGGGUGGCGUGGAAUCUGAUGAUGAAUAGGAAACAACAAUGGAGAAUGAAGAAUAUAUAAUGUAGCAUUCAUCUAUCACUCAGCUCAACAUACAAAGCUUUACAACUCCUUUGAAAAGUUGAAAUGACACUUUACCUAUCUCUUUUUUGAAAUAUACUGGGAUUUACUUUUGGUAUGAUCGUAACUUACGAUUCUGAGAAAAUCACUGUCUAUUUUAUGACGAACGAUUACUUGCGACCAAAUCGUAAAUUACGAUGGUUCCAAAAACGGACCCCUGUAGAAUAUUCAAACAAAUGUAUUUAUGGGUCUAUUUUACUCCAUUGCAUUACAGAAGUGUAGCUUGGUUAAAAGUUAUUGUUUCACAUUUACUUAUCGUAACUUUUGAUUGGUCAGUAUUUGUAUGGUGGAUCGAAUUGUGUUCGAUUUGCAGCAACAGCAGGGCAUGACAAACUUGUAGGCUACUCAUAUUUUGAGACAUUCAAAAUAUUUUGAGAAAAAAUGUAUAUUUUGGGAUGCUCAAAAUAUUUUGAUAAGCUCAAUUCAACUUUAAGAUAUCAUUAGAGAAUCAUAUUGUAAAGUGAAAUAUUUAGAUGUUCUAGUGAAUACUCAAGAAAAUGAUAGAUGUGUUAAAUCUAGCUAGCUUCAAGCCCCUGUGACCCCGUACUACACACCUACCACAAGUGGUGAAGUCCAGGAUGGUCCCAAAUACACUCGUAUUUCAGAAAUAAAUAUUGGUUCUCUUGAGGAAAACAUGUCAUAUUACAUACCAGUGGAUAGGGAGUUUACUUAUCUUUAAUUUGGUAUAUCAUGAGAAUAUCACCCAAUUUUUUUUUGGACCACC